GUUGUAAGGCAUUGGAAAGUAUCUGCGUGUAAAGUGAGCAUGUUUGAAGAUCGACUGCAGGCUUGAGAUUGGGGUUCCAAUUUUGAACUGUCGAGAGGUACCUGUCCCCAGACCACUAGGCACUAUGGAUCAUCAGCAGCACAUCUUGAAUUCGGCCAGGGCGCAACACAAGAUGCAUGUGACCGAACAGCUACAGACCUUGUUCCAAGAUGGGACUUUAUGCGAUGUUACACUCUCAGCUGAGAACUAUUCCGUCCACGCACAUAAGCUUGUACUGGCAGCAAACAGUGACUACUUCCGUAUAAUGUUUUCAGGCAAUUGGUCUGAGAAAAAAGACAGCAAUAUUGUGCUUCAUGGACUGACUGCCUGCGGGCUCCGAGCAGUCAUAGAGUUUUGCUACAAGGGUAUCAUCACGAUUAAUCCUGAGGAUGACGUUGUGGACAUAUUAUCUGCCAUCAAGCAUUGCCAGGUAGUAGAGGCGUUCAGACUUUUCGAGGAAUUCCUCUGUACCACAAUCAAUGAAACAAACUUUUCGAAUCUGAUGGAAUUUUCAGAGAUAUAUUUGUUACAAAUCCUGCGUCAAAAGUUGAUACGUUUUGCCGCCAGAGUAUUUUUGCCUUCUGUGGAUCAAAGCCUCACCGAUCAGUUAUUGACUUUCGACUACGAUUUGUUCGAGGCGAUUCUGCAGCAAUACCAGUUGAAAUCCAUGACCUCUGGAUUGGGGUGUGUUGCCCUGUUUGACGUGAUUGUGAAAUGGGUGCAACGAGAUGAAAAGGAGAGGCAACAGUACCUUAAUGGGUUAUUCAGUAUUGUUGCCGAGUUUCUGGGUGAAAGUGAUGAUUUCGAUGAAUUCUCAGACUUGCCUCCAUUCACUCCUAAAAAAAUUCAAGCAGAUAUAGAUGAGGUGAGGGAAUUUUGUGAGAUGACACUGUCACAGAGGAGAAAAGUGGCCAAUGCUGGAGGAUUGUAUUUUUUGUCAACAGCGAAAAGUUCCGAUACUAUUGCUGCUCACUGUGUCGAUGUAGAAGCAGUAAAACUUGUCUCUCCAAGUCACCUCUUGAGAAAUCCCCUGCUACGGGCUGGUAAAGCUGUGUUGAAUAACCAGAUCUAUGUUUUGGGGGGUCAUGACCGUGUAACUACUGACAGGUGUCGUAGAUAUGAUCCUUGUCGUGAUAGAUGGUUGUCAAUAAGGCCAUUGUCGGCGCCGCGUAGAGGAUUCCCUGUUGUGGAGUUCGAGGGAAAGCUGAUGGUACUUGGAGGAAUGAAUGAUAAAAACAAACUACUCAGUUUAGUUGAGGUGUACGACCCGUAUUUCAAUACCUGGUCUAAAACAUCAUUUUCUUUACCGGUUUGCCUGCAUGGUCACGCAGCAGCUGUUCAUUUGGGACGAGUGUAUGUUUCUGGAGGUUGUAUCACGACAUAUGGGCUUUGCUCAAACCAGUUCUUUUGCUUGGAUCCAGAUGAAUUCACAUGGACAGAAAAAGAAGAAACAAUCGGACGGCGAUGUGGGCAUACUUUGAUUGGUCACAAAGGUCGCUUGUACCAGCUGGGAGGUUCAAGUACGAUGGAAGAUGGAGGCUUUACAGGAUACGCUACACACUUGUUUCCGCAGAUAGAGUAUUUUGAUCUUGCAGAGGAUGGUCCGUGGACUGAAUUGGAGUGGACCGAUUCAGGACCUUUUGCAUAUCCCUCCUUUCGCGGGGCUUACGUCCUUGAUGAUUUGUUGUUGAUGGUUUUGAUUGUCACUCCUGAUGACGAAGGUGGCGAGGACGAGCCCAAAGAACUGAGGAUCAUUGCGUAUGAUCCAGAAACGUGCGAGAUAAAUCAACUUUAUGAAAUUGCGGUUGAAUGCGACGGUCAGGCUGUCACUUCAUUUGACCAGUUGUUACAUCUGAAGAUACCUAGAGUUGUCUGGAGAUACUAUCAAAUGCUUGAUUUCUAAACUUGACUGGAUUGGAUAGUGUAAGUCCGGAAAUAUUCACAUGUAAUUUUCUUCGUGGUUUUGUCACUUUAGUAUACUCUUGAUACGGCGUUUUUUUCGAACCUGUAACAGGUGGAAAAAUCCCCAGUUUGAUGCGUACAUACUUUAUGGAUGGUCCCUUGGCGAUUACCUAAACGCAAAAAUAACAGGCACGCGAAUACUUCCGGGUUUACAGUUUGAAAACCAACUCUGCUGAAUCAGUCCAAAGAAUGCUUAGUAUAGCUGGGGUCGAAAGCUUGUCUCGAAAAUACAAAUAAGUUGAUGAAAAAGAUGGUGUUACCCCUCAAGUUUUUUAUUAUCUUCGCGCAAUGAUCAACACGGCUACCGGGAAUAUCAUAGUUUGGGACGGUUUCAGGGUUAUUGUGCUUGUGACAAGUUGUCCGAUAAACGGUUGUUUCAUUUAUAGUACGUAUGCACAAUUUUCCAAAUGUUAGCAUAAAGCUCUUUAGCUCUUUGGAGGAGUAUUAGCUUUUGCAAAGCGUUUUAUACAUACAUGUACAGUAGAACCUCUCUAUUAAGGACACCCUUGGGACUGACAAGUGCUGUCCUUAAUAGAGAGGUGUCCUGAUUAGACUCAUUAGAGAGGUCAAAUUGAAUGGAAACAGCCAAUUUGGGACCAAACCCAGUGUCCUUAAUGGCGAGGUUAUCCUUAACAGAGGGGUGUCCGCUAAGAGAGGCUC